UCGGUGCACUCAGUGCCCGGAAUUCCCUGGAUGUCCCCGCCACCCAUGGACGAAUUUUGGAUCCGGCUUCUCACUGCGCUUGUGCUCCUCCACCAAACCACGAGCACCAGUGACACUGAGGAGGUGUCCGGGACCGUGGGCAGGUCCGUGAUCUUCCGCACCCAGGACAUGACAGAUGGAAAUGCAUUCUGGAAUUUUGGGAAUGAUCCCAUAGUGACUGCAUCAUUUGAGGAUCCUCCUCAUGCUUUAUUUUCAAAACCAACAUUCGAAAAGCGUUUUGCUGUCUCCGAGAAGGGCCGUGCACUCAGCAUCUCCCAGCUGAGGCUGCAGGAUGCCGGGACCUACUCUGUAACCAUUGGGGAAAAAAGAUUCACCUUCAUCCUCCAUGUGUACAGGGAGCUGGCAGAGCCCACGGUGACCUGCGAGGCCCAGAACUGCUCCUCAGAUGGGAACUGCCGCUUCUCCCUGCGCUGCUCCGUGUCCGGCACCGACCUCGGGAACGUCUCCUACACUUGGAGAGAGGGAGAUCGGCCAUGGGAUGAAGGCUCCAUGGUGCUGUGGGUGAAUAAAUCCGACUUGGAGGUGCUGGGGCCGCUGAGGUGCACAGCACGGAACCCUGUGAGCAACAGGAGCGUCACUGUCAGAACCCCUGACCUGCUCUGCGCUGGUUCCCUCUCCAGUGGCAGGUUCUGGAUCUGGCUCAUAGUGACAAUUGGAGUCGUGACACUUUUAUCGGUUCUCCUCCUGUUCCUCCGUAAAUUCAGGGGCUGGAGGAAAUUCCGUCUCUGCAAACCCAAGCCUACGGACACAGUGUCCACAUCCGAGCAGACGACCAUGUACGCUGAGGUGGGACCUUCCCAGCUGCGCAUCCCUAACGGAAUUAAAGCAAAACCAACAGAUGGAGAAUCCGCCGCAACCAUUUAUUCCCUGGUGAAGCCUCCAGACCAGGUGGAAAAUGGUGCCGUGGCCACCCUGGAGCUGAUCUAGGACCUGGAACAGGUUUAAGGAAUCUGGAAAUGGUUUAAAGGAUCUGGAACUGCCUUAAAGGAUCUCAAAAUAUUCUAUAACCAUUAAAGUAUCAAGAACAGAUCUAGAAUGAUCUGGUGUCUCAGGUUGCAAUACAAGAUACAAUCAAAAAUUUGGAUUUUAUCACCAUCCGUUAAGCCAGAUCCUUAUCUCCAGGGAGAUAUUAUCUGCUGAUGUGCUAAAAUCAACCAGGGCAAUCAUCUUCAUCUUUUAUCUUCAUCCUCCUUCCAGGCGUGUCACUGCACGUGGUUCCAGAGAUGCGAUAAAGGCAGUAACAUGUCAACGUUCUUGCAAGACCAAAAAAUGACAAUUUUAUUCAAGAAAAUAAUGGGUUUAAAUAAGAUACAUUGUACAAUACAAAUUAGAAAGGGUUGAUUUGGUACGAGGAGCAACACCCCUCCAGAAAUCUGCUCUGUGAAAAACAACACGUCUGCAGCAGGUGUCUAUCUGUGUUAUUGAACUCUCUGAAACCUUUCUCCUGGGAAAAGAAUCAGAGCUGAUAGCAGCCUGGAAAAAGUUCAGUUUCUCUCCUGUUAACUGCCACUGAUGUAUGACUGAUAAAAUUCCAUCAUCCAGGGGAGGAGCCAAGCAUUUCCCAACCAGGUAAACACUGAUGUUUGGAACACCAGAACAGCUUUUUGCACUGGAUUCCAGAAGAAAGCUGUACCUUUCCAUAUCAUCAUUGAAUCUCCGGAGGCAAACUGCACCUUGUACAGAACCACUGCUUCAACUGAACCACAUCUGUCACUGCAGGAGGAUGCAGCCACCACUGAAUGGAACUGCUGCUAACACCCUGACUGAUGGAGUGUCAGGUUAUACUGUCAAUCUGGUUACUGUUUUGUUGUUGUUUUGCAAUGCUCUGUUUCUAUUUUAAUUUUCCAUUGUUAUUUCCCUUCCCAUACGUUUUCCUGCAAGCCCUUGAUUUCAAAAUUGCAAUAAUUUAGGGGGAGGAGGUUUACAUUUUCAUUCCAAAGAGAGGCUCCUGCCUUUCUUAGCAGACACCUGUUCUACAAACCAGGACAGAUUUCUCCAAAACCUGGACCUGGUUUGAAGGGUCUGGAGCUGGUUUAGAAGGACCUAGACUGGGUUUAAAGGACCUGGACCUGUUUUAAGGUCAGACAGACUGCACAAUGUCACUCUGGAAGGUCUCCUGGACAGCUCCAACAUCCCCAGUACCACUCCAGACCUGGAUCUCAGGGAUCUCCCCUUUCCCUCCUCGUCACUUCUGCCUCAGUUUCCCUCGCAGCAGCCUCAGUUUGGGAUCUCAGGGAGGAUUUGGAGACUUUUGGGAUCUUUCCCCUCAAUUUUGGUACCUCCCUGGGAUUCAAGAAGCUGAAUCCUCACCCUCUCCCACCCGAUUCCUAGAAGAAAUUUCUGCAAGGACUCACAGACAGAGAGAAACUCUCAGAAGGUUUUUUUUCCAUGGAAUUCAGGAAUUCCUGAAUUUGGAAAAGCCCUGCAGCACUAUCAGUUCCAGCUUGGGACCAAUCCUGGUCACCCAGACAAACGUCCAGCAGGUUCCUUGCCCACCUCCAGGGACGGACAGCUCCAAACCGUCUCGUUUUUCACAUGGAAAGCACACUUUAAUGCAAAUUGUCUAAAAUUAAUUCCUUCUGAACAAAGCUUUCAUAAAUUUUAUUUUUUAUUUAA